AUGGUCCUGCUGAAAGGUGGGGGUCAUGAUGCCUACUACAACAACGCCAUCUUGCCCACCAUAUUUGGCAUCAUCUGUUUCCUGGGCAUUAUGGGUAACUGCAUGGUCAUCUACACCAUCCUGAAGAAGACCAAGUGCCGCUCCAAGCAGACCGUUCCCGACAUCUUCAUCUUAAAUCUGUCCAUCGUCGACCUCCUCUUCCUCGUCGGUAUGCCCUUCCUCAUCCACCAGUUGAUGGGCAACGGCUCGUGGUGCUUCGGCGCCUCUAUGUGCACAGUCAUCACCGCGCUGGACUCCAACAGCCAGAUCGUGAGCACCUACAUCCUCACAGUCAUGACUCUGGACCGCUACCUGGCCACUGUCCACCCCAUCCGCUUCAACUACGUUCGGACACCGUGCGUGGCAACCGUGGUUAUCGUUCUAGUAUGGACGCUGUCGUUGCUGACCAUCAUCCCGGUGUGGAUGUACACGGGCCUCAUGCCUCUGCCUGGUGGCCUGGUGGGCUGUGCCCUGCUACUUCCCGAUCCGUCUACCAACAUCUACUGGUUCACACUCUACCAAUUUGUCCUGGCUUUCGCUCUGCCUCUCCUCAUCAUCUGUGUGGUCUUUUUCAAGAUCCUCAAGCACAUGACCACCAGCGUGGCCCCCUUGCCCCCCAGGAGCCUGAGGGUGCGCACCAAGAAAGUAACCCGUACGGCAGUGGCCAUCUGCCUGGCUUUCUUCAUCUGCUGGACCCCUUACUACAUCCUCCAGCUGGUUCACAUUGGAAUCCAGAACCCCAACCCAGCCUUCUCCUACGCCUACAACAUAGCCAUUAGCAUGGGCUACAUUAACAGCUGCAUCAACCCGUUCCUCUACAUUGUGUUGAGUGACACCUUCAAGAGGCAGCUCAUCGUGGCCAUGCGGCCGGUCCACAGGAAGUUCCGGGUCAACCCCACCAGCACCACGGAGGGUAGUGUUAGCCUGAGAUUGACCACUGACAGACCCCAGCAGGAUCAGAGCUCCAGGGAGCUGCUGCCUGCCAAUAUGGCUGACCACUGAGGCCUGUUGUAUGACAAUUUUAGUUUUGUUGAACCUUUAUUGAACAAGACCUCUUUACCCAAGGAGACCUGGUGUGGCCAGUGGAAGAGGGUAUGAGAUCAGUGUACAAGAACGGUGUAUGGGGACAAUCUAUGGACCAGUGUAUAGGAAGAACUGUGUAUGUCAUCACUGCAUUUGAAUAGUGUACAGGAAUGAACAGUGUAUUAAAUCAAUGUAUGGACCUGUGUACAGGGUAGGGUUGCAAACAUCCGGUAACUUUCCCCAAAUCCCCUGGUUUUCCAGAUAUCCGAUUUGAAAGAUUCCCUGAAUCAGGAAGUAAUAAGCAGGAAAUCCAAAAUCCUCCAACCAGGAUAUCUAUAAAACUUUGUAAUUUUGGGAAAGUUGGCAGAUUUUUGCAUCCCUAGUUUUCGCAAACCUAGUAAGUACAGUCCGAGACAUUUUAUAGGAUCACUGUAUGGGAUCAAUGAUGUAUGUCUACAUGGGAACAGUUAAUGGAUCGAUCAGAAUAGAAGAAUACAAUAUGUGUGGCAUCAGUGAGUAGGAUCAGGCAGAGCUUGAGAGGAGAUGUUUAACAUAGUCAGGAUGAGAUUAUUGAGUACCGGCCAACACAUGGUACUCAGUACAGUAAACAUAGGUACUGAAACAUAAGGACAUUAAAAAAAUGAUUUUCUAAUGAUAUUCAGUGGAUAAUGGAAAAGUGUGAGAGUCAAGAUGAUUCAUAGCUAAAUGUACGAAUCAAUGAAUAAAUACAUAUACAGUCAUAAAUUACCCGCAUGAGGAUGACUAGUUUGAUAUUGUAUCAGGUAUUGUAAUUCCAAUUCUUCAUGGAAGGCAGGUUUUAGCACAAUCCCUUACUGUAGUUUUGGUUUGGCAAUCUAGCUAAUGUAUGUUAAAUUUCAUUUCAAUGUACCAUUUUCACAUACCACUUAUAUUGUACAGUAUGCUCAGUACCUAG